AUGAUGCCUGUGAGCUACCUGUAUAUUUACUCCGUCUGGGUGUACAUCUUCCCUCUCUUCUACAUCAUCUACAGCUACACCUUCAUCGUCAAGGCUGUUGCUGCUCACGAGAAGGGAAUGCGCGAACAGGCCAAGAAGAUGGAGGUCAAGUCCUUGAGGAGUGAGGAAGCACAGAAGACCUCUGCUGAGUGCCGUCUGUGCAAGGUUGCUCUCAUGACCGUCACCCUGUGGUUCAUGGCCUGGACCCCUACUUCAUCAUCAACUGGGGAGGCAUGUUCAACAAGCCCAUGGUUACUCCUAUUUUCUCCAUCUGGGGCUCCGUCUUCGCCAAGGCCAACGCGUCUACAACCCCAUCGUGUACGCCACAGCCACCCCAAGUACCGUGCUGCCCUUGAGAAGAAGCUGCCUUGCCUUGCUUGCGCUACAGAGGGCCGAGAUGGUGUAGUUUUAAUGCCGAAUCUUUGUUUACGAACCCGUUUGUACACUCAGAUCGAUGGAGUUGCAAUGGGUUCUCCUAUUGGCCCUAGUUAA